AGGUGAGGUGAGGCGGCAGGCCGGGCUAUGAGGCGGGCUCCGCGGGAGGCUGACGGCGCUCAGCGGGCAGCGGUCCCGCCGCACCCCCGAAGGAGGCCGGAGCAGGUCCCCCGGCCGAGGCGUGCCCCUGGAGGAGCCCCCCCCGCUGUCUCUGGGAGACAGGCUUUACAGCCCAAGCGGAGCGGAGCUGAGAGUAUUGCAGGUGGUUAAAUAAAAGCCUUCGCUGGAUAUUAACUGGGAAAACGCAGGACUCGACCACUUCCUCUCCUUAAAGGAAAAAAAUUUAUCAUGUUCUAGUCUCUCUCCUGCCAGCUGUUGGCCAAAAGGGAACUGAGGAGUUAUGAACAGGGAGAAGUAGCAGACUUGAACUGAAACGCCCUUUUGGUCUCAAUUUGCGGAGAGAUCGGAAGUCACAGUAAUGAAAAAAUAGAGUGUGGAAAAUAAAUGAGUGCAAAAGACUGGAGUUUCAGACUGCUUGGAGGACAGGGUCUCUUCAGCGACGUUCAACUGCCGGUGGGUUUUUCACUGGAGUUCAGAGCCACCUUGCGGCGGCCCCGCCGGCCUGGACACCGCCUUCCCUGGAGCUCCAGAGCUGGAAAUCUCCACCUCUGGGGUGAGUGGCAGCAGGAAAAGCUGCAGCUGCUUUUGGAGAUGCCCAUCCAUGAAAGCAUGGAGUGAACCAGCUUCAAGAACAGUGGAGAUCAGGGGCAGAGCUGAGCUGUACACAGGAAUACUCUUCUCUUCUUGCCUGGGUCAGUGCAUCAGGGAAAAUGGGAAUCUGACCAGCGUGGCAGCGCUGCGAGCGCAACAGAAAGAGCACUGCAAAUGAGCAUGGUGGAUAAUAAUCUGUGGAAGUGCUUAUGCUUCCUUCUUGGGGUGGUCCCCGAGAGCAGAGGCGGAAAACCUGGGAAGAAAAUAAUGAAAAGAGACUCUGGGAUGAGGUGGCUUUUUCUUCUCCUCAGGGAAUUUUGUACAGGACCGAUUCUGUAUUCAAGCAUGGUCGUGGUCCAGAAGGCACCAGGGAAUGUAGCCAGCUCACGUAUUUCAGGGGUGAAUUUGAACUCUAUGUCGUAACUUUUAUAUCUUCUGAUCAAAUCUGCAUGAUAUGCUAAACUGAACGUCUUAUAGAAAGCUGAAACUUCACUUCCAGUAAUCCCUAAAUGUGCACUCUCUAAGCAGAGCAUUAGUUCUGCUGCACCACAUACAUCUGUAUGAUUGAUGAAGAAAGUAUGAACGAGGAGAAAGAAGACACCACUUCUUAGCUUUCGUUGCUUGUGCUGGUGGUUUUGAGAUUAAAACACAGCCUUUUGUUUUUUACUUGAUUUAAUCCAAUUGGCAUUUUUUGUUGCUGAGAAGACAAUUCCAGUCAAUUACUGGAGAUUGUUUCCAGAUUAUGUUCCCCCUUCCCCCCUCUUUUUGCUAAACAGAUUUUCUAAAGGGCAUGUCUGUAACUCAGAUAAUUUUGUGUUCAAGCAUAAAUCUGUACCAAAAGCGUGGAAGCUCGGUGGGGAAGGUAAUUUUUCUCCUUUUUGUCAAUAAGUAGGCAAGUGAGUACAUUGCCUGCUGUGGCUGAACGUGCUGAGGGAGCCGUGUGUGCCAGUAAUGGCAUCCUGAGUCCCACACACCGACUCCUAACGCUAGCAACAAGCAUCCUGCAGUCCUCAUGCAGGCAAAGCCCCUCGGUGAAGUAAGGAAAGCAAGAGCCAGCUAAAUAUGAGCAGUUUACAGGUUAGUGCUAAAAAGCUCUGAGUAGCUGCGGGGGGACAGGCAGAAGCGUUAAGUGUCUGUCUCUCUGAGCUGCUGAGAGUUUCUGGGACGUACAGGAACCAGGCCGCUUGUGGCGUGUCACAGCAGGUCCUUUGCUUUCUGGUGUCCCUGAAGAGAACAGAAUUCAACUCUCAGGUCCCCUUGUGAUCAGUGCUCUCAGCAGAGAAGCCAGAUCCGGAAACUGGAAUGCCAAGGCACAGAAAGAGAAGGUGAAAAAGACCUGUGUAUUUUCAUACAGAGGUUUAGGCUAAGUAGAAGGCAGGUAAAAGCACGUCAUCCCACACAAGAAAUGCUGUAUGAGACCCACUGGCACCACUUUUCCAGGGAAUAAGUGGGGCAAGUCAGAAGCUGACAACUUUAUUUUUGUCCAGUUCCCAUGGCCAGGCAAUCAGAUUCACAGUCAGGAAAUAUGGUCUGGUAGGGUAAAAUUAGACCGACACAGAAAACUGAAGUGGCCUUAGGUCUUCAGCUGACUUCACAUUGUUCAAGUGAAGUCAAAAACAAGUUCCUCGUCCUUAAGCAAAAAAUUUUAGAUCUAAACGCCUUCAUCUCAGUUGAAGAACUCUUGUGUAGCUGUAUGAAAUAAAUGGGCUGACCACAUAACUACUCAUCAGCAGUUACGUGUCUGCAUCCCCGGUAGUGCCUUCGGAAACAGUUCUCUCUGCAGAGACCAAAUGAAUCCACCUCCGGUUCCCUUUGUUCUCAGUUUUCAGUGGUUGCAGACACCUCACAGUCUUUGUCUACCAGGAAAAUUGAGACAGAGAGAAUAGAAAUGACUUGUCCGAUGCCAACAGGGAAUUCAGUCUUGGUUUCUGGACUUCAGGCUAAUAUCCUUAACACUGCACAGUUCUCUCUCUUUAGAUUGUCCACUUGAUAGACUUCAUUUCACUACUUUGAGGAUGAUCAAACACUGGAAAAGGCUGCCCAGAGAGGCUGUGGAGACUCCAAAACCCAACUGGACACAUUUCUGAGCAGCCUGCUUCAGUUGACCCCACUCUGAGCAGGGUAGGGUGGACUAGAUGGUCCCUUCCCACCUCAUCCAUUCUUUGAUUCUGCAAUUCCUUUCCUUACGAUGCCUCAGCAGAUCUGGAAAGGGGUGUCUUGAGGGUCUGUCUGGCAGGUCUGCUGCUGCUUUACACUGUAGUACUGUCAGCCUCCCUCCCGCCCCCAAGUAGUUUGAGCCACUCAGUACUGAAAUGCUCACUCAGGAUGACUCUUUUGCAAUAGGAACGAGGAAAUUUCUAAAGUAAACAUGCUAUGAUUUGUUAAUGAAUUGUGUAACUUCCACUUUAUUGCCAGUAAAGUAGGUUUCCUUAAAAAACAAUGAUGUCAUCAGGUUCCCUUUGUAGAUUGGUUGGCUAUAUUAAGAAACAGCAACCUAUUCCUUUAAAUACUGUGGUCAUCAUGACAGUCUUUGAAGAGUGGUGGUAGGUUCUCUCUGCAGGGGAACCAGUGACUUAAGGGAGCUGAAGCAGCAACAAUAUUAAAAGAAACCAAUCUAAUACUGAACGUCAAGAAAGAGAAGAAGGUUGAUGCUGGAAAUCAUUGUCCUGGAUGGCUGCACUCAGGAGAAAGCUAACUGUGGUCGGAGACGACCGCUGUGGUAAGACCUGCCUCCUCUUUGCUCUGCAUCACCAACAGCUUCCCCAGCCCUACGAGCCAACCCUCUUUGACGCUUACACCGCUGACACGGAGGUAGAUGGGAAGGAGAUGAAACUAAUUCUCUUCGACGUGGCAGGGAAGAACGAAUUCAGUUACCGAAAUCUCCGCUCUGUGUUCUACAGGGACACCGACGUCAUCUUAAUGUGCUUCUCCGUGGACAGGCCUGACUCACAGCAAAACAUCCUUGAUUUUUGGGUUCCCGAAAUCAAAAUGUUCUGCCCCACUGUACCUAUUAUUCUGGUGGCUACCAAGAUAGAACUAAGGGGCGAGGAAGGUAUUAAGAAGAAACUAACUACUCCAGGCAACCAGCCAAUUAACGCCACAGAAGGAAAAGCUUUAGCUGCCAGCAUUGGGGCAUAUGCUUACCUGGAGUGUUCUGCCAAGACAAAAGAAGGUGUUGAUAGAGCCCUGGAGAUAAUUAGCCAAUGUGCAUUAAAUGAGAAAAGGAGGAGAAAGAGGCACUACAGGCGCUGCCGAAUUUUGUAAGAGGAGUGGACAUUAUUUUGUUGCUGGAUUUCAUGACGUGGAAAGCACUUGCAGGCAGAAGAUGUGAAGUAAAGGGAAUGCCAACAGCCAUUCUCUCAGCUUUGCAAGUCAUUAUCAAUCUGGAAAGAGACUGAAACAUGCUGUCAACCUGAGCAGAAAAUCUCAGAGAGGCACAGAGAUGGACCAAAAUGGCAAGGCGUUGGGUGCAUCUCCAUACUCCUCCCUCCUCUAAAGCACUGGUUGCUGGCAGCCCAAGGAACUGAGUUAUGGACUGACAUUAAAGGCACAAUGCUGAGAGUGGGCAAAUAAUGUGACUGCAGGAUUUGAAGGCACAUGCAGUAACACAGUAAGUGGGCAGAAAAAUGGUUUAAGGUAAACUCCUUCUGGCCCUAUAGCGAAGGUACGAGGCUAAUUGAGUGUAACUGUCAUGAACUAGGAGAACAUGGAAGUCUACCUCUUUCUUUUGCUGACUUCCUCGGUGGUGGUUUCAUCACUCUGGCAGCUUGGUUACAGUUUCCCAGGGGGAAACAAAACAAGAGUAAACACAAAUUUCUAAACCGAUUAUGCCACCUGGAGCUGUACACUUAGCAAACUAGCUUUUCCAGGUGAGAGACCUAAUAAAAUACACACCUAAGAUUAUUUUCUUACCCGUUCUUCCCACCAGUAUUUGUCUAUUGAUGGUAUCACGGGUAGAAAUACUUGGGGUUAGCCAAGUAUUCAUUAUUGCUGCUUUCCCUCUACAUCACUUUUUAGUAGCCGUUUUGAAGUCUGCAAUCACGCUGUGGCAUAAUAACAAAUGCUUUAAGGAUGACACUUUACAUUUCCAACCGUACCUUUCUUCCAAGAAUCUCUGAGCACUUUUCAACACGAAUUACCAGCCCACCUCUUGGUGAUAAGUAGGUGCUAUUUCCAUUUUCAAAACCGAGAAACUUAAACUGCUGCCUAAAGUAACUGUGAGCCAUCUACUUCUUGGAGCUUUCUUUUUCUUGACUUGCUUUCCUUGCGCUUUCCCUUUUCCCUCCUGGACCAUUCUUAACCUCAAUUUCCUCUCCUCUCUGUCUGUAAUAAUCCCCUCAGCGCUACCUGAUAUUGUACCCAAACUUUAAAACUCUUCUCCCCAUGGAACUGGGAUGUGAACGUGUGCCGUGCCUAAGAGCUCUCCUGCUUCAGGUAAUAACAUACAUUAGUACAUUUCAAAGAGCUGUAUUUAUGUAGAUAGGUUUAAAUUGUUAUUUCCAUUUUAUAUGUGUGUGUGGGUGGGUGGGGAGGAUUGGACUGCAGAUAAGUUAAAGAACACAGGUGUCUCAGGUGCCUCUGAUGUGGGGUAUUUAGUUUUUUGGUUUUUUUAUCAGAGUUAGGUCGAUGGUUGGACUAGAUGAUCUUAAAGGUCCCUUCCAACCUAGACAAUUCUAUGAUUCUAUGACUGGAUUGGAGAGAGGCAGUUUUGCAGAGAUCCUAAGCACUUACUGUUACCACUACUUGGAAAUUGAGACCAUUUUGGCAAAUCCGAGCUUAUGCUGCAUGUUGCUUAGUAGUCAGCGUAUUGACUGGCAUCUGUUUUCAGUCUAAAUAAGCAAGUGUUUUCCUCCAGAAGGGAGCUUUGUUCAAGAUAAGGGUAACUGGUUUCACUCCCAGUAUCUCUGAAAUAAACUGUUGUUACACUCAUCGUA